CGCAAACGCGAGAGAGGGGAAUGAAAACAGGCUGACCGGGUGGGCUGGUAAAAAAAAUUGUUUAUUUCCGGUUUUCCAGAGUCCAACGGCUACAGAGGAGGAGGAGGAGGAGAAGAGUCUUUGGCCCCUCGCAAGUGAGAAGUCUCCACCUACGUAGCCCUUCUUCUAGGGUUUUGUUUUACUCUCUCUUCUUACCCAACGCUUCCCAAUUUCCCAUUUAUUUAAGAUUUGUUCGUUCAUCCAAUUAGAUAACUGAAAUAAUUUAGUAUUUCUGGUUUCCAGAAAUCAAAUCCCCAUGUUUCCUUCGCAUUUACCUAUUUUUAUUCCAUUUCUUUUCUUCAAAUUAUUUUCUUUUUAUGCUAUUUUAAUCCUAUUGCACAGAUCAUCAUCAUACCUUAUGAAAAAGCCAUAAAUUCUCCGAUUAGCUGUAGCUUUACAGUGAGCAAGUUAUCUUUCCGUGAAACUCAUUCUUUUGCAGUAAGAAUGCCAUGUGACGAAAUCUUGAAGGCUGUUUUCCCACUUCUUGAAGGUGCUGAUCUGGCUAAAUGUAUGGUGGUUAAUAAACAGUGGCGAGAGAUUGCUCAAGAUGAUUAUUUCUGGAAAUGCCUGUGUGCCAAGAGAUGGCCAGCAAUAUGUAAACGGCCGCAACCUCCGACAGUAACCUACCACAAACUUUUUAAAACCUUUUAUAAGCGUCAACAUCGCCGGGCACUUCUCCCUCCUAGGCUGUCUUUAAAUGACUUGGAAUUCUAUGUUGACAUUUGGACUGAGGACCGUUUAAUCUUCUCGGAGGUAGUUCCUGGACCUACCCUCCAGAAUGGAAUUUGGAUCCCACCUCCUGGAAUCUGUGAUGUGCUUAAGUAUCACUUGGAGGGUUCAGGGUAUAAGAUGAUUCUACCUGUUGAGCCAAGGUUUACCAUUCCAUUGAGUCACUCAGUUUCCGUAUCUGUGCUUGUAGUGCGCAAGGAUUCCAACAAAGUUGCAUGCAUAAUUGACAAAUCUGUGUUUGACUAUAUAGACCGGACAGCUUAUCGGGCUCUAGCAUUUGACUACCUUGAUAUUUCACCUAGCAACCCUUUUGUUUCUGAGAUUCGAGCAUGGAUCUCUUUGUUAUUCUUGGAUAAUGGCAAUAAUGAAGGGAUCAUUGAUGUUUUUGGUAUUGAGUUGGAUUUCUGUGAUGCUGCCAACUCAGAGGAAGAGGUCCUCUGGCUGCUAGACAUUCUUGAUUGGAAGUGAAGGGCUGGGUAUCUGCUUUCUAGUCUGAACACCUUGCUGCUGAAGAUCAAAUCUAACCUGGUUGGUGUUGGUUCUUUCAAAUCCAAAGUUUGUAUAUAUGUCCCUGUCAAUGGUCAAUAAGUAUCCUGGAAAGCUUUUGAUGUUGAUCUCUUGUUUGUAACAUGCCGAGCUCUGUUUUUCUUGGGCUAUCAAAGAGUUCCUGUGGGAAGGGAGUCUUGCUUAUUUGUGCUUGAAAAUUUCCAAGUUCUGUGGAUUAGCUCUUGUAUUAGGUUAUUGGAUGCAUUGAUCAACGAAAGCUGCAUUGUACUGGUAUCAAAUGUUUGCUUGGCAUUAGCCUAUGCAUCGUUAUUGGGUAAUUAAGAAGUUUCUCAUUCGUUGGGUGUAUAUCCAAAUAAUGGACCGUGAACUGUAUCUGCUCUGGACUCCUGUUAGGUUUCCUCUCGAUGCUAUGAUUUACUUUAGAUCUUUAAAUGUCUCAUGGUAAAAGUUGGCUUUGUGGAUGAUAUUUGGGUUCGCUGAAUAUUUUGUUUUAUCCAAUGGAAUGUCUCUCAGUUACCGCUCU